UAAUUUUGUAAUACAAAUUUCACGAAAAACAAAGAAAUUCACGCACCGGAGCUGUGAUUAGAUUUUGUCAAAAGCGGAAGGAAAUCUAAAGGGAAGGAAAUAAUACAGUGGCUACACUUUAAUUUAAAUUGCUACCGGCCGUUGUAUGCGCGUUUUAAGCCGCCACUGGAUAGUAAACGGCGUCAAAUUUAUUUUCAACGGCACCAUCUGUUCAUUUCUUAUUCACGCUGGCAAUGCGCUCAUCCAAAACAACGACAAAAGGAAACUUCUUGCAAAGUGCCUUAAUUUUACAAAUAAUCGUAUUGGAUACUAAUUAAUAUGAUUAAAACUUUGUUAAUUCCAUUGUAGUGAUAGCAAUAGAAACAAACGUGUGUAUAAUAUUGAAUUGUGUGGUUGGACGAAUCUAAAAUAUGGCACUGCUAUGAAACUUGCUAAAGUGCAGGCAGUAUACGCAAAAGCAAAAACAAAAAAAGAAAACUCGACAAGCAACAGGAAGUUCCUUGAACAAAAAUAUACAAGUAGGGCCAACAAGUGAUUAUUGACCAGUAAACAAACAAAAACUACUUUUUCGGCGAUAACUUACCUUCAUCGAUACAUAUUGAAUAGUACAGCCACCAUGUUGAAUUGUUUCAGCGCAAUGAGUGUGCCCACAUUGGGAGAGAUGGAGCAAACCAUUUGUAUGCUUGAACGUGGCACCAUUAUCACCAAGCUCUAUUCUAAGCAUCGCCCAGAACAGCGUCGUCUGAUGUUGGUGCGGGAAACUCGUCAGCUUCUGUGGUCUUCAGUUAUGGCGGAUACACGUACCGAUUAUGAAGGAUCGCUGGAGUUGCGUGAAAUACGAGAGAUACGAGUUGGAAAGUGCUCGAAAGAAUUUCGCAAUUGUGCUGAAGAUUCGAAACGCUUCGAGCCGGCCAAGUGCUUUGUCGUGCUACAUGGGAGUGCAUUUAAACUAAAGACCUUCUCAGUUGUAGCACUAUCGGAACAAGAGGCAGACAAUUGGGUACGCGGUCUUCGCUACAUGGUGCAGGACACCGUGACUGCACCCUAUCCACUGCAAGUAGAACGUUGGCUUCGUCGUGAAUAUUAUGCUAUUGAAAACUCAAGCAUGCAGUCUUCCAAAGAUGGUGGUCAGGUAACAGUUAAAGAUUUUAAAACGUUUUUGGCGAGUAUAAGCUGCAAAAUGACCACCAGCAAGCUGAUGGAAUGUUUCUCUGAAGAUGAUGUUAGGCGUAAAAAUGACUUACGCUUUGAUGAUUUUUCCAGAUUGUACCGAAAGUUAUUGUUGCCACAUAACUUUCUGGAAGAAAUCUUUUAUAGCACACCUGGCACAUUUCCAUACUCGAAAAAUGGCGAAGCAGUAACACUACGUGAAUUCCAAAACUUUUUGAUACAGGAGCAACAUGAGAUUAUGGGACGCGAUGAUGCAUCCGUUUCCAACUUCAUACGUGACUUCUUGCAAGACGUUGAACGCGAUGUGCAAGAGCCUUAUUUCACACCGAGUGAAUUUCUUGAUUAUCUCUUCUCUAAACACAACGAUCUCUGGGAUCGGAACUGUGACCGUAUUUACAUGGACAUGAAACAACCUAUAUCUGCCUACUGGAUAGCGUCGUCGCACAACACUUAUCUCACCGGCGACCAGUUUUCCAGUGAAUCGUCAUGUGAAGCGUAUGCGCGAGCUUUGCGCAUGGGUUGUCGUUGUAUAGAGCUAGAUUGCUGGAAUGGGGCCGAUAAUCUGCCUUAUAUUUUUCACGGCCACACGAUGACUUCAAAAAUUAAAUUUAAAGAUGUGAUCAAAACGAUAAAAGAACACGCGUUUGUAACUUCCGAGUAUCCAGUGAUUUUAUCAAUUGAGCAGAACUGUUCAUUGGAGCAGCAGCGUAACAUGGCGCAGGCGUUAAUUGAGGUCUUCGGUGACAUGCUGCUGACCCAGCGUUGUGAUCGCGCCGAGGUACAACUUCCAUCGCCACAUCAACUGCGUCGCAAGAUUAUACUUAAACACAAAAAACUGCCCGAAUAUGAAGACGGUUGCCCUGGUGGGCCGAGUAUAGUCGGUGGUGGCUCUGGUAUCUCGUCGAACAGUGGAAGUAGAUCGUCCAUCAGUGGUGGUACUGGUGAUGAUAAUGAAAACGUUCGCAAUUUCCUUAAAGAGGGAAUGUUAUACUUCAAGGAUCCGGUGGACAAGGCUUGGAACCUGUAUCAUUUUGUAUUAACACAGCAGCAAUUAAUUUAUUCUUCGCACACUGACGAAAAUAAUGUUGGAAGCGCUGAUGACGAUGACAACGCUAUGUCCCAGGGUUCAUCAUUAGCAUUAAUGCCCAAAUCGAAGGAUAAUUUUGUCAAUGAUGAGCUGCACUUUGGUGAAAAUUGGUUCCAUGGAAAAUUGGAAGGUGGUCGUCAAGAGGCUGAUCAACUCUUGGAGGCAUAUAAGCAUCUUGGUGAUGGCACAUUUUUAGUGCGCGAGUCUGCCACGUUUGUGGGUGAUUAUAGUUUGUCAUUUUGGCGUCGCAAUCGCCCUAAUCACUGUCGCAUUAAGCUGAAACAUGAGAAUGGCGCCACCAAAUACUAUUUAGUCGAUAAUUUUGUCUUCGAUUCGCUGUACUCACUUAUUGUGUACUAUCGUAAAAACAUGCUACGCAGCUCAGAGUUCUCGAUCACGCUGAAGGAGCCAGUGCCGCAACCCAAAAAGCAUGAAACACAGGAAUGGUUUCAUCCAAAUACAACCAAAGAACAGGCAGAGCAAGUGCUCAUCAAACUCGAUGUGGGUUCAUUCCUUGUGCGUCCCUCGGUACAAAGUACUAAUGCAUUUGUCAUAUCAUUCACAAUAAAUCGCAAAAUCAAGCAUUGCCGCAUCAUGCAGGAGGGUCGCCUCUAUGUUGUGGACACCAUACAAUUUGAAUCUCUUGUAUCGCUAGUCAAUUAUUACAUGAGAAACCCGCUUUAUCGAAAUGUUAAACUGAUGUACCCGGUGUCUCAAGAAUUACUGCGUCAAAAGCUCUUGGCCUGUCAGAUAUCCAUGGAGCAUCAUAAUGGCGGUGACUUCAAUGAUGCAUCCAGCUAUAUGGAUCCUAGUUUGGAUGAUCGUGUGACAUGUAAAGCGCUUUAUAGUUACAAAGCUAAUAAACCGGACGAAUUGUCAUUUCCAAAGCAUGCGAUUAUCACAAAUGUGCAAAGAAAUACGUCAAUGUGGUGGCGCGGCGAUUAUGGCGGCAUGGUGCAGCGUCACUUUCCGGCAAAUUAUGUUAAGGUGAUAGACUCUGCCGGCGAUGAUUACAAUUCGUUUAGCGAUGAAAAUAACAGCGAAAAUGUCUCACGCACCGAUUCCAUUGACAUACAUGGCGCCAUUGUACACUUGUCUGAAUCAAAUGAGCCGGGCAUUUUGUUCCAGUUGCAAAUUCAGACACCCACCAUGCAAAAUUCAUUUAUCAUAGGGUUUGAUAAUCAAGAGUUGGCUUACGAUUGGAUCAAAGCCAUACAGGAGGGCGCGCAAAUCGCCAAUCAACUGGCGACAGAACGUCGUAAGAAAGAACGUUCUGCACGUGUAGCCAAGGAGAUGUCCGAUUUGAUCAUAUACUUCCGCAGUGUGCCAUUCCGUGAACAUUCCUGGGUAUUCUACGAAAUGUCCAGCUUCCCAGAAACCAAAGCCGAGAAACAGUUCCUGCAGCAAAACUGUAUGCUCUUUCUACAAUAUCACCGCAACCAAAUCAGUCGCGUUUAUCCAAAGGGUCAACGUUUAGAUUCAUCUAAUUUCAAUCCGGUACCAUUUUGGAAUGUGGGUUCACAAAUGAUUGCACUCAACUACCAAACCGGUGACAAAGCCAUGCAACUGAAUCAAGCGAAAUUUCGAGACAAUGGUAAUUGUGGUUAUUUGCUAAAGCCAAAAUUUAUGCAAGUCGAUGGCUUUGAUCCGAAUAACCCACUAGCCAUCAGCGCAUUGGAGGAGCGAUUCAUAACGAUACGUAUCAUUGCCGGAAGGCAUUUGUUCCGCGGCGGCAAAUCAAAUAAUCCGUUAGUUACGGUGGAAAUAUGCGGCGCUAGUUUUGAUACGGGCACUAAGCACCGUACUAAAGUAAGCGAGAAUGGCUUCAAUCCAGUGUGGAAUGAAAGCUGUGAGUUCACCGUUCGCAAUCCACAUUUCGCGCUGCUACGUUUCGAAGUACAGGACGAAGAUAUGUUUGCAGAGACGCAUUUCAUUGCAGAGGCAUGUUAUCCAUUGAAUUGCAUUCGAACGGGUUAUCGCAGCGUCACGCUGCGCAAUAAAUUUAGCGAGGAGCUGGAGUUGGCAUCGCUGCUAGUGCAUGUUGACGUGAAACAUGCCCCCACGAGUGCGGCUAAUGAGCACACCGUUGUGGUGGGAUUCUAAAGAAGAAGAAGAAAAAAACUUGAAUAAGAAAAACUCUUCCACUAUGUGUUAGCAAGUGCCUUAAAUUAUCCCACGAGCAGAUGUAGCCAAGUAUCCUUGGAUUCGGAGUGUGUGUAUGUGUUUUUUAACAAGCGAUCAAAUCUAACACUACUUUUAUAAUUAUAGUUCGCAGUUCAAAACAAUUUUAGAACUUUGCAUUGCUAGCAGAUUAAAGAUUCUCGCACAUCUUUCCUUAAAACGCAGCUAGGUAUUGAAAAAAAUGCUUUAGUGGACUUGAAGCACUGAAACUUUUCUUCCAUUGACUAAUUAUUGCAAACGUAUAAAGACUUAACAUUUUUAUAUAUCUAUCUAUACUUUUUAAGCAGAAUGUACUUCGUAUACAUAUUACAUAUAUUUUUUUUAUAUUAAGUUUUGCAUAUUGUAUCUAUGCAUUGUAUUAUUAACGCAUCUUUAGCAUAAUUUAUAAACAAAACAGAUUAAAACAAAAAGCAUGCGAAGCUUUUUUUUCGUAAUCCUUCUUAAUGAGAGCAGCAAGAUAGAUUCAGCAGCCGUUCUCAAUUUAAAGUAUCUUUUAUUAACAAAAACCGGAAGCCAACUUCAUAAGCAUCAGAACAAAUUUGAGGUUAUGGCAUACCCAUUAUGUAGCUUUAUGAUCAGAAAGAACAGCAGGGACCAACGGGUAAUUUAUGGAGCAUUAAGUAGCGUUUUUUACCGAAGGCAUUUGUUGAAAUUUUUUUAGCUCAAGCACUUCCCAAAAAUUGAACGUCAGUUGUUUUUAAUAUGUAGCCAAAUGUUUUCUAUUUUAUAACUUUUCUGUAAGCAUUAACAUAUGCAAGCAAAAUUAUCAACAUAUUUCUAGACCACUCUUAGACUGAAAAUACUUUUCUUGCACGAAUUAGUUGGAUGGUAUAAGAGCAACGUUUAAUUAAUGCAUAAAGCAUCUUCAGCUUAACAAAAUAUUUAUCUUACUAUGAAGCGACAAUUAAGUUUACAAAUAUAGGUUUGCAUAUAUGAAACUACUUGUGUACAAAACCGGACUCCAAUAACUGGCUGCCUAGGGUAUUGUAUUUCUUACUCCUUCAAUAUAAGUACAUACAUAUCAAUGUCAAUGCUUCCAAAUAUUUUAGUAAUAU